UCUAAAGGGCCCACUGCGAUGGUGUUCAUGAACAUGGGAGGUCCAUCGACAACUGAAGAGGUUGAAGAUUUUCUGAGCAGGCUGUUUGCCGAUGGCGACUUAAUUCCACUUGGGCGUUUCCAGAAGUACCUUGGGCCUCUUAUUGCUAAGCGUCGGACUCCUAAAAUCGAAGCCCAAUACGCCGCAAUUGGCGGCGGCUCUCCAAUUAGAAAAUGGUCGGAAUACCAGUGCGAGGAAAUGUGCAAGAUUCUCGAUAAAAUCUCACCGGAGACGGCCCCGCACAAACCAUAUGUCGCUUUCAGAUAUGCCAACCCCCUAACGGAGGAAAUGUACUCCAAACUCUUUGAAGAUGGAUUCGGCCAGGGAAAGGGUGGCCGCGCAGUCGCUUUCACACAGUAUCCCCAAUAUUCUUGUUCGACUACAGGGAGCUCAUUGAACGAGCUAUGGAAAUGGAGGCAGAGACUGGAGGGAAAGAGAGCAACUGGAGAGAUGAACCCGCCGGGCGCUAUUGACUGGAGUGUGAUUGAUCGAUGGCCCGCGCAUCCCGGCCUGGUCGAAGCAUUUGCGGAAAAUAUUGAAGCUCAGCUUUCAACUUAUCCAGAAGACAAGAGGAAGGACGUCGUCCUUCUUUUCUCUGCGCAUAGUCUCCCCAUGAGCGUCGUGAAUCGAGGAGAUCCGUAUCCAGCAGAGGUUGCAGCAACCGUAUACGCCGUCAUGCAGCGCCUCAAAUUCUCCAAUCCUUACCGGUUGGUUUGGCAGUCACAAGUCGGACCCUCGGCUUGGUUGGGUGCCCAGACCAGCGAUGUUGUUGAAGAAUAUAUUCACAAGGGACAGACGGAUAUGGUCUUGGUUCCCAUUGCGUUUACUAGCGAUCACAUUGAAACACUCUACGAGCUCGAUCAAGAAGUCAUCGGGGAGGCCGGGCAGGAAGGAAUCAAGCGCGCAGAGAGCUUGAAUGGCAGCCCUACGUUUAUCAGAGCGCUUGCUGACAUCGCCCGCGAGCAUCUCCAGUCAGGGAUAGUAUGUUCGAGCCAGAUGGGCCUAAGAUGCCCGGGCUGUAAAAGCGAACGGUGCUUGGAGCAAAAGAAGUUCUUUUUGGGACGAAGCGAUCUACCCUGAUAUUAUCAUUCAUAGUAAUCUUAGAAACUGUAUAUUAGCACGUGAAGAAUAUUCAUAUUAUACAUAAUUUUUUUUAUAGGCUUUACUACUCGUUAUCCUGCU